UACCGCGACGAUGGCCGUUUCUCGUGACAGUGUUCGACAGACAGCAACCAUACCACCUACGUUCUAACGACGUAGAGAACGUAGAGAAUCGCCACGAUUUUCUAUUUUUCUCGUCGCGAAUAAUCAAUUUAUCAUUCGCAUUCUCCACGACGGUUUUUUUCGUCGUGUUCGAUUGUCGUAGCCGCAGUGUUUCUUAAGUUCUUUCUUUAUGAGUAAAUUCGUUUGUUAAUUUCAACAAGCAAAAAGAAAGUAAAACGUUCAAAGUAAAAAACAAAAAGUAAAAAAAGUAAAAAGAGAAUCGCGCCACCAUGGUAUGUUCUAUUGAUGAUAUCGCCGACGAACUUCCCCCUGAACAAAUUGCGGUCCUUCGCAAAGCGUUCGACAGCUUUGAUAGGGAGAAGAGUGGUAGCAUUCCUACCGAUAUGGUGGCCGAUAUCCUCAGAUUAAUGGGUCAACCCUUUAACAAAAAGAUUUUGGACGAACUAAUCGAAGAAGUUGAUGCAGACAAAUCCGGUCGUCUGGAGUUUGAAGAAUUCGUCACGUUAGCCGCAAAAUUCAUUGUUGAAGAGGAUGCGGAAGCCCUGGAAAAAGAACUUCGAGAGGCUUUCAGGCUCUACGACAAAGAAGGAAAUGGUUACAUACCCACUACGUGCUUGCGUGAGAUCCUCAGGGAACUGGAUGACCAAUUGACAGAUGAAGAACUGGAUAUCAUGAUCGAGGAGAUCGAUUCUGAUGGAUCUGGCACCGUUGACUUUGAUGAGUUCAUGGAAAUGAUGACCGGAGAAUAAAUAUCCUGGCAUGUCAAUGUUUCGACUCAAAGACAAUACAAGUGCGGCAGUCGCGAUCAACUCUCAAACUAAUUAUCUGCGUGUCUUCUAAAACCCAAAAAAGUUAUAAUGCAAACGAGAACGGUGCCUAAAAGCGUGCAAUGGUUAUGUCUCCUAACGUUACGAUGCGUGUUCUUCUAUCAUAGCUCUUCGUAUCUCGGAACGAUUUGAAAUGUUUUCAGUGUCACGAAAAUGGCCUCGUUUGCAGAUUUCUCUUCUAUUUUAACGAGUGCCGCAGUACGGGUCCCAAUACAUUUGCAUCACGCCUACUAAGUUUUUCAUCGACAGUAUUUAUUUGUUGUUAAUAAAACUCUAUUGAAAAGAUAUUAAAAUUUAUUUUUCUUAA